UCCUACCAUACACAAUGAGGAAUCUCAUAUUACUGCUCAUGGUCGUCUGUGUGGCUCAUACAGCAAGACACUCUCUAAAGAAUUUCUAUACCGUUUCCACUGGAGUACCAAACUUUCCAGAGUUUGUGUUCUUAGGAGUGAUCGAUGAUACUGAGUUUUGUUACUGCAACAUCAGUAAAACGAUUGUUGAAGGAAAAAGCGACUGGUUUAAAGAAUGGCUUCAAAAUCAAGAUAACUUCAAGAGCUUCCAAGAGAUGUGUUUUGGACAAGGUGCAAAAGACACCAAAAUUGCCCUCAGUGAUUUUAUGCUUGACCUCAAUCUACAUGAAGGUGUUCACAUCCUACAGUCUUUCAGUGGCUGUGAGAUAGAUUACUAUAAAAAUCAGUCUUCUAGUUUCACGCGGGUUGGAUUUGAUGGAGAAGACUUUCUGACACUGGACAUGAAUAGCUUGGUUUGGAUUCCUCAAAAUAACCGAGCUGCCUCAAUAAAACACAAAUGGGACCUUAAGACAGAAUGGACAAAAUCAAUUCAUUACUAUUAUACCAUAUAUUGCCCGAUAUUGCUGAGUGAGUUACUAAAGGUUUCCAAGAUGUCACUUCAGAAAACAGUCCUUCCUACAGUGUCUCUCCUCCAGAAGAACCCCUCCUCUCCAGUGAGCUGUCAUGCUACAGGUUUCUACCCAGAGAGCGCUGUGAUGUUCUGGAGGAGGGGUGAGGAGGAGAUUCAUGAAGGUGUAGAACAUAGAGACAUCCUCCCAAACCAUGAUGAAACAUUCCAGAUGGAGACAGUACUGGAUGUCUCAUUAAUUCCUCUGGAAGAUUGGGGGAAAUAUGACUGUGUCUUUCAGCUCUAUGGUGUCAGCAACGACAUCAUCACCCCUCUGGAUAAGACAAUAAUCAAGACCAAUCAAAAGGAGUCCAAUAGCACAGAUGCCUCUAUCGCUGCUUCAUUGGUGUUUGUUGUUCUCAUCAUCAUAGCAGUCAUUAUAUACAUUUAUUUCAGGAAGAAAGAUUCUCACAACAGCACUGAGCUAACAGCGAGUCUGAAUCAAGAAACCUGAUGUAUAACCUGAGUUUUGCCUCAAAAAAAUAUCCAUAUAAAAUGUUAUUAAAGCUAUAGUGGUAAAUAAUAUAUUGGUCAGACUGCAGCGAGAUGAUCAGCUCCCCCACUGCUUCUCCCCUCCAACAAUGCGGAGGCCUUCAUGGUUCAUGGUACAAAAUGCCUACCUGCAUCACCUAUUUUGUCGAGCGAUUACAAGGUCUGUUUAUGAUAUAAUUUUAUAAAAAGUAUUUCAUCAGUAUUUGUAGCAUAUAGAUUUUAUACAGCCCUAAUUUGUCACAGUUGAACGUGUGGAUGAUCUGUACAGUCAGUAUUCACUCUUAGCUGCCGUAGCGCAAAGAUGUGAGACCUGCCCCUAUGUAAUAAUAAAUAGCAAUUUUAAGGUAAACCAAACGAUAAAAUAAAGAGCCUUUCAGUUUGUAGAUGAUGAUAAAUUACAUACAUAUUUAUAAUAUAUAAAAAUUCUGUCAGUAAAUCCCUGAAAUUGUUACACACUGGAGCUCUAAGGCAACACUAUGUGACUUUGACUCAAGUACUGACAUAAUUUAAGAUAGAUUAAAAUAAGAUAAAAUAAGAUCUUGUAUCCAAUAAAAACCUGCUGAUUGUAUUGAGUUAUUGACUUCUGGGCACACUCCUCUUGGAUGAGAUUGGUUGCAUUUUGUUGUUGACUCAACAGCGUCUCACUAAGCAUGCAUGCAGCAACAGUGGAGAAGAAAAACUCCUGUUUAAUGGCAACUCCUUAAAUUAAGUCUUCUGUUAAGAGGAUUGGUUAGGAAAUAUAUACUAUAUAGCCAUUUAGUCAAAAUGCCAUUGUAGCAGAAUCAAUUAAUCUGGGAUCGACUUCAUGGUCUCUUAAUGCUAAGUGCCUGUUGGCUUUUGUGAAAUGGAUAAUGCCAGAAUGCUUAGUCCCUACUGAGUCCAGCCUAGAUUAAUUUCUUAUGCAGAAUUUAUUAAUUCUACUUUUGUGAAACAGUCACCAGGUUUACUUAAGCCAUGUAUGCAUUUCCUGUUUCUUAGUUAUGGUGAGAUGAAGCCUCAUGAGAAAUUGAGCCUUUUGGGCAAAUUGCUCCAACGAUCCCCACAGUUCAUGAAGCUUCAUGUGAACAUGUCACCACCUAUUGGUGGAGUGUAUAACUACAGUUAGUAAUAUAAUCUGUGAUUUUGUUGCAAUUGUUUUUCUUGAUUUUGAAGUUCCAUUGAAAUUGUUAAUUAUUUGUGUAUAUAAUAUAUAUUUUGUAAGGUUUGUAAAUCUUACAGAAGUUUGUUAAUCAUUACAUUUUUCUGUUAAUCAUUAAAUUGUUAAUGAUUAGGUUUGUUAAUCAUUAAAUUGUUAAUGAUUUGUGUGUAUAGUAUAUAUUUUGUAAGGUUGUGUGUAAAUGUUUUAGAAGAGAACAAUAUUUCAAGGCACUUUGUUUUUCUGUAAUUUUAGUGAAAUAAGCUCGAGUGAAAGUGUUUGUGAAAGUGUGCAAAUUGGGCAAUGAUGAACAAAAUGAAAGGUGUUAGUCAUUUUUAUUAAAGAUAACAGUUUUUCCCAUAGUUUUUGUUUUUUUUUGUGGUUGGAAGUUAUGUGUCCAACCAAUCUUUUGGUUAAACCAACCAAUCUAACUUGGCAGUGUUUUUACCCAAUCUAUAUUGGUAAAAUGGCAAACCAAUACAAACUAGUCGCAUUGGCCAAAAUACUGGUUAAGUAGCAUAGCAACUUUUAAAAGUUUAAACCAGGUCUUGAACCAUUAACCUUUGGACUGAGAGGAAAAGACUUACAACAUAUGUCACUUGCAAUGAUGCAAGAUGGUACUCUGUCAUGAUUCUGUCUUUUUGUUGUCUCUGUUUAAGUUUUAUUUUGAGUUUUAAGUUACACUUUGAUUUAUGUCAUUCUGUGUUUUCUAGGUAACAAGCUUUGUUUCUAUUUUGUGGAACUGCUAGUUUUUUUUUUUUUUUUUGUAUUUGAGUUCUUAUUUAUAUCUUGUUUAGUGUAUGUUACCCCCUUGUGUCAGUCUCUUUUCCCCUAACUUCCUUCCUGGUCAGGGUUAGGCCAUAGGAAUGAAUGUAAUAUCACUAGAAGUCUAUGGAAAUUCUCCAUAAGGAGUGUUUGUGUGUAUACUUGUUUAUGUUACAUUUUUAUGACAGUUUUUGGUGUAUUUACUAAGCUUCCGAGGACCAACAGUACUUGUGGGACCAAAGGCUGGUCCUAAUGGGUGGACCCCUGUUUUUAUGUCACGGAAUCCGUUUAGAGAUAUGGUGUGAAUUAUAAUUAGGUUAGGGCUUGGGAUAUAGUAGUUAUGGUUAGGGUUAGGGUAAACUGAAAUUUAUGUGAGUCAAUUUAAAAUCUUAAUAUGGAUAGAAAUACAAAUCUAUGGGUCUCUGUCUUAUGUUCAAACUGUCUAUCUGUCUUACUAUCUAGGCAAGGCAAGGCAAGGCAAAUUUAUUUGUAUAGCACAAUUCAGUACAAAGACAAUGCAAAGUGCUUUACAUGAUUAAAAUACGGGAAGAUAAAACUGAAUCAA